UUUUUUUUUUUUUUUUUUUCGGUUUUGAGCAUUGAUGUUUGGCUGGGGCAAAUCGUCGCCCUCGCCCUCGCCGGCAGCGUCGUCGUCGUCGGCCAAGAAUCCAAGGCAGUCAUCAUCGUCACGCAGUGGUAGCAAUGGUGGCUUUGGGAUGGGGAUGAUGUCGGACGAGGACUUGGAGCGGCAGAUGGCUGCGUUUGGCGGCGGCGGCGGCGACGAUGACGACCUGAACGACCCGGCGCUCGAAGCCGAGCUGCUCGCACUCACAGGCGGCAACCCGACUCCUGCUGCUGGUGGUGGUGCUGGUGCUGCCAGUGCCAAGCAGCGCACACCACAGAAGCAGCAACAACCGCAACACAAGCAACCAUCGCAGCAGCAGAAGCCGUCAUCACAGCCCAGCAAGUCCAGCUCAGCAGCGGUCAACAUCCCCGACUUGGACAUCGAUGAAGGAGACCAGGACAAUGUCGAGCUCACUGAAGACGAUCUGAACGACCCAUCGUUGCUGGGCGAAUUGCGCGACCUCGGUUACGAAUCAGAUCCUGAUGAUGAUGAUGAUGAUGAUGAUGAUGAUGAAGACAAGGCCGAGGAGAAGGAAGAGCCUGCGAAGGAAAGUGCUCCUGCAACCAAAGCGGUUGUUUCCCCUCGUCCCGUUGCCGCUCCACGACCUUCGAGCGGACCAUCAGCUCGGCCUGCGUCGACAUCUGCUUCUCCACCACCUGCUGCACAGCAGUCUGCACCACGCUCCUUGUUGGACGAGCCCAAUGAGGACAAACCGGCGCCACCCUCGGUAGCGAGCCCCGCUCAAAAGCUGGCCACAUUCAGCGCUCGUCAGAAAGAGUACAAGAUGGCCGCCCUUGCCAGCAAACGCAACAAUCAGCUCGAUAGUGCGCGGCAACUGCUGUUGAUUGCCAAUGGCAUGCAGCCUUUCAUUGAUCGGCUCGCUGAAGGGGAAGAUGUCGAGCUGUCGUGCCUGCCUGCAGCUCCAAGCUCGACCUCGGCGCCGCCACCUGCAGCGGUUUCUGCACCAGCUGCCGCCGCUACGGCGCCUCAGCAGUCCAACAAGCCUGUCGCACAAGCCCAAGUCGCCACGCCUGCAGCAGCAUCCGCCCCUGCUCCACAAAAGCAAACCGUUGCAGGAGCUGCAGCCAAGCCGAAUCCCGCCACCACAACUGCACGACUGACUGCUGCAGCAAAUGCCCAGUAUUCUGCCGCGUCCGCGACAGUUGCUCGUGCUGCCAAGGCCUCGGCAGCGCCGUCCCGUGAAUCUGGGCUAUCCACCGUUGCCGUUUCUGCCGGGGAGACAAGCUCCGGAUCGCCCGCAGAGCAGUCAGCCAUGUACGAUCGCGUACUCGCGGCUCUGGAUGCUCAGAUUGCAUUUUGCGCUGACAUCAACCUGCCUGCUGAAAAGACGCGGUUUAUGCAAGAUAAGGACAUUGUUGUGAAUUCACGGCUCCACAACUUGCCACCACCACGCUUCCACUAUGAGGAAAAGCAGAUCAGUUACAACCGAAAGUUCUUGGAGCUCACCGCGUCCGACUUUGAAGUCACCGUAUUGAAAGUUCGCGACGUGCCACUUGCCGCUGCUGGAGUCACGGAUGAAUCUGGCUUGAAUCUGAAGGUCGUUUGCCGGAUUGAUUAUCCAAAGCCUGGCACUGAGACCGAGUUUCAACAGGAUGAAGUCAGCAGCAUCAAAGGCACUCGCAGCCCUGAAUUCAACCAACGUGUCAAAUUCGUGACGGAGAGGAAAAAGUCCUUUGAGCGAUUUACAAACAGGCACGGCGUCCACUUUACUCUUGUGCAGCAGAAGAAAACAAUAGGGCUGUUCAGUCGAGACACGACGAUUGGUACUGCGGAGGUCAAGGUGCUGGAUUUGCAGCGCCUCUCUGAAAUUGCUGCCACCGCUGAGUUUGUCUGCGACCGCAGGAAGCCCACCGGUGCCAAAAUUGACUGUCUGAUUCGAUUGCGCGAACCCCUGCUGACACCAGAUCGCCAAGUGCGACGAGAACGCUGGCUCAUCCUCGAGACGUCGACGGGAGCGUCCAAGCAGGCCCAACCUGCCAAACCAGCUGCUGCUGCUGCUGCUGCUGCAUCGGCAGCCGCACCGGCAGCCAAGACUCCAAGCACCGGCAGCGCCGCUGCCAAACCUGCAGGCAACGCGGCCGCUGCAGCAGCCUCUGCUGAUGAUAUUGAGGAGCUGGAGGACUUGGUGAACAAUCCGGAGUAUCUUUACAGUAACGAUGUGCUGGAGCACGAGCAAGAAGAGGUGGACAAGAAACUCGCCGCGCUUGCUGCAGCACGAAAGCCCGCACCAGAGGAUUUGGUGGAUCGCAAGAGCUCGAUUGACAUCAAGCUGCAAUUGCUGACAAUUUCGGUGCAAACUGGGCAACUGGAUGUCGAUACAUACAUUAGCAACCUCAAGGCGAAGCUGGAGUCGGACAAGCAGCUUGCGCUCCGCGCGAAAAGAGCGGGCCGCCUCGACCUUGCUAUGGUUGUUCUUGGUCGCAUCAAAAUCAUGAAGGACGAAUUGGCUUCUGGUGAAACUGCUGGCGACGAUGAUGGACCUGAGGCUCGUGUUUAGUAGUUUUUUUUUUUGGUCACAAACCCAACAAACACAAACAACAAAGAAAUUAAACACUGGGGAAAACAAAAA